CCCGGAAGAUACGCGGAUGUCACCUCAGAGGCGGAACAGGCGGUGAUAAAGUGGCUGACAGUAUCUUAUGACAGUUUGCUUGAAACCAGACAUCAUCAACUGGUUUGACCGAACUACUUGCCAAGUUACGUGAGAAGCGUCUCUGUGAAAACAGCAUAAAGGUACAAUGGCCUCUCAAAAAGCAAAAGUGUUAUUGUCACUGACUGCUGAAGCAGUUGGUGCACUCAAAGAAGGAGUCAACUUCAAGAAAGGCCCUGAGGAUGGCAAAUGUUUCAUCAUAUUCAAGAGCAAUGGCAACUUUAAAGCAUGCAAGAACCAGUGCAAGCAUCAAGGGGGGAAGUUCAUCAAAGACAUUGAAGACCUGGACGGAAUGACUGUUAAAUGCACCAAACACAACUGGAAGUUAAACGUGUCAACAAUGAAAUAUGUGAACCCACCUGACAGCUUCUUACAGGAUGAGCUUGAGGUAGAAAUGUUUGAUGAUGGGGGGCUUCAGCUGGUGGAACUGUGUCCUGUUGAUCCCUGGCUGGCUGAUCCUAGAGAGCCUCAGGAGCUACAGGAAGGAGAAGUAAAAGUGACAUACUUCACCCAUGCCUGCAUGGAGCUGCAGCUCGGAGAGAGGCGGUUCAUGUUUGACCCCUGGUUGAAGGGCCCUGCGUUUGCUAGGGGCUGGUGGCUUCUCCAUGAGCCCCCAGCAGAUGCCCUGGACAGACUGUGUGCUGCAGAUCUCAUCUACAUCAGCCAUAUGCACUCAGAUCAUCUCAGUUACCCCACACUGAAAGUCUUGGCAGAAAGGAGGCCUGAUGUCCCGAUCUAUGUUGGGGACACAUCCAGACCAGUGUUUUGGUAUUUGGAGCAAAGCCAAGUUAAACUGACCAAUAUCAAAGUUGUCCCCUUUGGCAUCUGGCAAAAUGUUGAUGAUCACCUGAGAUUUAUGAUCCUGAUGGAUGGUGUACAUCCUGAAAUGGACACCUGCAUCAUUGUUGACUACAAAGGUGUUAUUUUUAAUAAAACAACUAUUUCUGGUGUAAAAAUAAGUCUGGUCAGAAUAUUAAAUUCUGUUUUGAUUGCAGGUCACAUGAUCCUCAACACUGUGGACUGUACCAGACCAAAUGGGGGCAGGCUACCACAAAAUGUGGACUUGAUGAUGACUGACUUUGCUGGAGGUGCUUCUGGAUUCCCCAUGACCUUCUAUGGAGGGAAAUACACUGAUUCCUGGAAAGCAGAGUUUAUCAAGAAUGAAAGGAAGAAGCUGCUGAAUUACAAAGCUACACUGGUGAAAUCGCUGCAGCCAAGGAUCUACUGCCCAUUUGCCGGCUACUUUGUGGAGGCUCAUCCAUCAGACAGAUACAUAAAGGAUACUAAUAUCAAAAACAGUGCAGAGGACCUCAAUGCACUCAUCAAUAAGCUAGCACCAGAAAUCAAGACUUGGACACCCAAACCAGGUGCUGUGCUGGACCUCAGCCUCGCUCUGAUUGACCUCACUAACAGUGAGGCCAUUACCAAUCCCCCAGCCAGUACAAAAAUCUACAAGGACAGCUGGGAGUUCGACUUGUAUGUGAAUGAACUGAACAGUGCCAUCAACUCUGAGAUAUUUAAACAUCAAAGCUGGAUCCAGUUUUAUUACACCUGGGCCAGCUUUCAAAACUACAACCUUGUUGUGCGGGUCAUUGAAACAGAUGACACAUUUCAAUGCCUCACUAAUGGUUAUGACUAUCUGGUGGACUUUUUGGAUCUGUCAUUUCCCACAAAGAGACCUGACAGAGAGCACUCAUACUUGGAGAUUAAAAACAGGAUUGGCGUGAUGAGGUACGUGGUGCUGCACGGCUGCCUCUGGGAUGACCUGUACAUCGGCUUUCAGAACCGCGUCACCCGAGACCCAGACAUCUACCACCACAAGUUCUGGACACACUUCCAGGCAGAUCUACCACUUAGCAGGCCAGACUGGGAACAGUUCCUACAGCAAGUGGCCUCCAUCAAUGAGCUACCCUGCGAUGAGACAGCGAUGGAAAGUAACUGUGUCAUGUCGUGAAUUUUGAUUCCGGAUUUGUGAAGAUCAAGUUACUGAUUUUCUGAUUUUAUAUUGUGAUGAUGUAUUCCAAGUAAUUUCUAUGUGAACUGGGUAAUUGUAAAUGGUUUUGGGUUGCUGCUUUAUUAGAGUAUUAUUAUUAUUUAAUAGAAUAAGUAAUGAAUCAGGUGACUGUAAAGUGAGUUAAGAGAUAUGAGAAAUGUGAAGGAAGGAAUAGAUUUUGAUUUUUUUUUUUUUUGUCUUACAAAUUUUAUAUAGUUGAUCAUAUUGCCAAUGAAGUGUAUUUUUUUGGUUAUACGGUUAUGAUCAGAGGUGGCAAAAGUACAGACAUUCUUUCCUGAAGUAGAAGUACAGAUACUUGUAUUAACCCUUUCAUGCAUAGUGGUCACUACAGUGGACAGCUGUUCAAAGCUGUUCUCUUGUAUAUGCCUGUGUUUUGUUGUUAUAGUUGCAUAUCAGUCAACACAGAUACUUGUGUAUCAUCCCAUACACUGCUACCGAUUGGGCAGUCAUGGGAAGUUGUUUUUUUUAUUUUUAUUUGUUAUUUGAAUGUCAUUACCAGAAUCAAAAUUGGUCAAUAUUAGCAAUAGUGACAGUCGAUCUGAGGAUGCAAUAUCAUUUUCUGUUAUUGGGGUGUUAAAUACAUAUAUUUUCUGGUUGAAAAAUCAAAUGCAUGGUGUCCAGCUGAGUGGACAUAUUUUUAACUCCAUGAAA